AUGGAGCUGCGCAGCUACGAAGCGCUGCAGUCGCAGCUGCGCGCGCUGUCGUACACAGAGCCUCUAGGAGCAGAGAGCGUCUGUCUCGUGCGGCACCUGCUGGAAGACCUGAACGAAGCAGCGGAAGCGAAGCGAGAGACAGAGCAGGAGCUCGAGCACGUCCAGACGCAGGCGCUCGAGCUCUCGCAGAGUCUGUUGCCGCUCCGUCAAGAGAACGCACAGCUCACGCACGAGAACAAUAGUCUGUAUCUGGAGAUUAUUCAUCAGGAAGAGGCGCUGACCGAGCGAGAGAGGGUCUUUGAGCUCGAGCUGGAGCGUUUGCACGAUGACGUGAGGAAGUUGCAGCUGACGAAGUACCAAAUGACGCAACAAUGCAACGACAAAGAGCAAGAAGUGACCAAGUUACGGACUCAAUUGGAACAGGUGCUCGAUACAAGAGCAAGUGCUUUGACGUACACUCCAAGAAGAAGAAGUUCCGUGAAGUCGCUGCAGCGACUCUCUUUGGAUAGCCAUCCAACGCGAAAAACGCAGCAGCAGUCGGAACAGCUGGCACAAGUGGCCAGGGACGUGCACGAGCAACUGGCAGAAUUGACGGCCGAAAAUGUCAAGUUGCAAGCGCAGUGCGAUCAACUGAAUGCCAAAAUGGCACAUCAGGAGCAGGAGAUUAACGGGCGAUCAAACUGCUUAGUGGACGUUGCAAAGAAGCAGCUGACGUCAUCAGCAGAAUCGCAAGAAUCGAAGGAGCAGUGUCACACGAGGGAAAGUCAGGAGGCAGCAACUUUGCAGGUAGAGUUGUUGAGUAUACAGAUCGAUAGUCUAAAAGAUGAGGUGACCAGGUAUGAAAGACGACUUCGGGAUGCGACUGAACAGAUUCGUCGAAGCGACAACGUCACGGAGAAGCUGCAGCAGGCUGAGCUAGAUCGGGCGCGUAUGGAAGAAGAAGUCAGAGUGCUGCAGAGCAAGUACCGUGUUUCGGAGGGAACGGACUUCGACGCUCAUCGUGGGUCAGAUAGCUUACCCAUGAUGCAUGACCCCGAAGCUGCCCACAACGAUUCAGCAGAGGAAGAAAAGCAUGUCGAUGUUACAUUGCUGAAAGAGCAGGUGCGAACACUGAAAGCGCACAAAGACAGGCUUGGCGAUGCACUUCGCGCUAUGCAACAUGACAAAACGUCGUACACGAACGCCCUCGCGAAUGCGAACUCGCAUAUCCGCGUACUUACGAGUGACUUAGCUCGCGCUGAAGCGAAAGUAAAGGAGCUUACCGUGGAAAAAGCCGAGUUGGAGCAGUCAUUGGCAGAUACCCGGGCUUCUUCCGAGGCGAGCGUCCGUGAGCUGAAUGUGCUACGUCAAUCGCUUGAGCAGAGUGAAGACAGCCACGCUCUUGACUGCGAGAAAAACGCUUUGCUAGAUCAAGAGUUAAGGACGCUGAAGAAAGCACUGUCUGAACGCGAUGACGAGUGCCGGUCGUUGAAUCGUGCACUGCUCGUGAGUAAGAGAGAGGUGGAGCGUUUGACUGGAAAACUCGACAGUCUGGAAACAGCGGCCAGUGACGCGGAGGGUAACGAUGGAGCCCAGGAUGGCAGGUUGGAGGUGCAUGCUCAGGAAAGGAAGUGGCUGGAUGACGAGCGGCACGAUCUCCGUGGCGCGAAGGAAGAAUUGAUGGUUCGGGUUGUGAAUCUCGAGGAAGAUUUGCAGGAGACCAAAUGUUUACUGGAAGAGGCCGAGCUCGAGAAGAAGAAAUUGACCGAGAGGAUAAAUGCGGGGUCAGAGAUGCAGAGCAACCUUGCAUCGAUGCUGGAGACAAAAAAGCGCGAGUCACUUGAUCUUCAGGAGCAACUUGCAGAAAGCAAGGAGCAGAUCCGUCUGCUCGCUGGCAAGCAGCACCAAGCACAGACUCUACUACGUCGUGCUGAAGGUACGGAGGACGAGAAGCUGAUCGUCCAGAACGAGGCUGCAGCACUGAAGCGGCGCGUGGAAGAGUUGCGCGAGCUGAAUGCUAGUCUAAGAAAUCGCGUGGAGAACGACGAUGUACACGCAAAAAGGUUGUCGGAUCAAAUUCGGAAGUUGCAGGUAGAAUCUGCGGCGAUAAGCAAAAAGUGUACGACGCUUGGUAAAGAGAAGGCAGAGCUGUUGGAGAGUUACGAGAACGCGAUGGUGGAGUUGCGCACCGUCCGUCAGACAUGCAGUUAUUACCAGAACGAGUUCGAGAAACUAUCGGGCGAAGUACAGACUCAGCAGCAUUCGCUCUCGUCCGGUCAAAACGCGCUUGAGUCUAGCCAAGUGUCGAUAAGCGAUCUGAAGCAGCAGGUUCAGCGGUUGCAAAGCGAGUUGAAGCUCAAGCAUGGCAAUCUAUUCCACGUGGAGACACGACUGGAACAAGAGAAGACGACUCACAAAAGCAUCCAGACGCAACUGGUUCUGCUCCAAGAUGAGCUCUCGCUGGCAAAAGAGACAAAUCGCGCGCGCGAGGUUGCGUUGCAACAAUUACGAGAGGAAAACCAGGCCAAGGAUCGUGCCUUGACCGAGAAAACGGAAGCUCUUGAGAAUUGUAAGCUGUUGAUGGAACAGAUGGAGUCGUCUCGAGACCAGUUGGUUUUCCAGACGAAGCAGCGACAGCACCAGAUCCAGCGACACCAACAAGAGAUAGAAAGUUUGAACGCAAAGAUUACUUCGCUCGAAAGUGAGAAUUCAGCGAAGGUUGCUGAGAUCACGUCGCUAAAGAAACUGACACGAACACUAGACAGCGAAAAAGACGCCGUGAAUGAUCAGCUGGACGUUUUGACUGAGAAAUAUCAGGAGAUCGAAAAGCAAAGCAGCGAGCUUCGCCAGGCAAUCGAGGCUGAACAAUCUGAUGCUGCCGGACUCCAGGGGCAAGUGGGAAACCUGGUGAAUAGACUGAACGAGACCGAGGAUAAGCUAAGCAAGACGCAAGCCCACUGCUCGAAACUUGAAUCUGAACUCGACCGUCUGGAACAUCUGGAGGGAGUCCACACGGCCGAGUUGGCAGCACUUGCACAAGACCUGGAGAAUAUGACGAUCGAAAAUCAAGCAAUUGCCGAAGAGUGUACCCGAUUGCAAAGAAUGGAGAACACUCGCUCCCAGUCGACUAAAAGCAUGAAGCAGAGCACAAGAGAGAUUCAGCGGGAAAGAGACACACUGCAGAUUGAGCUAGAGGACUUGCGUCAUACGUACCGAUCGUUGAUACAAGAACAGGAGGGGAUGCAAAAGGCACGUGGGGAAAUGCUUGCGCUCCAAGAUGAGCUUGCGUUCGUGAAUGAGUCCCUAAGGAAGCAAGUGACUGCGCUUGAAAACCAGGUCGAAGCAUUGAGAGGGAAGAAUGGGACGUUGACGACCGAAGCGGCUACGUAUCGUGAGCAAGUUAGCUUUCUUACAGAAAAGCUCCAGAACAAUGAGGAAAAGCAAACCGACCUCCAAACGCGAAUGCAGCAGCUUCUGCAAGAGCUCGAAGCCCAAAAGCAGAUUUCGACUGAGAUUUCGGCUCAGCGUUAUGGAGCCCAUGCUGAAAAUGCUGCCGUGUCCCAGCGCAUUGUGCACUUGGAGGCGAAAUUGAGCAAUUGCACGUAUGAAGUCAAGUCUUUGCAAAACAAGCUUCGCGACGAGCAGUCCCAGCGGCGAAGUCUUGAAGAGGUUGCAUCUAGUCUUCGCCAGAAGAUAGCGACGAAUGAAAAUGUGAUCUCGCAUUUGGAAGAGCAACGAAAUGCAAUGGCCCAAGAAAUCCAGGCAUCCUAUCUUCGUCAGGUACCGGUUUCCACGGCUAUUAUGGACAUGUCGGAGCUCAAUCACAUACCUCCGUCUGUCGGUCAGGCGUCUCAGACGUUGCAACCGAGAGCGCGUGGUACGAAGCGAGACGACAUGACUCCGCCUUCACCAUCAUCAAAUGCAAUCGCAAGCACUCCAGAAUCUGGCGACAAGUCAUUUAGCGCGUCUUCUUCACUCCUGCCGUACCACGCGAUCGAGAAGGCCCAGAUGAAGUGCCAAGAGCUGGAAGAUCGGCUAGCUCAGCAGGAUGACACGAUCAAGGAAAGUCUAUCUGAACCGUUUUUCAAGCGGUUCGCAGCAAAGUACGAGCGCGAAAUUCAGCAGCGCGAUCGAAAAAUCGAGGAGCUGCAAUCCAGCUCUCAUGCCUCUUCGUUCGUGUCCCCGGAUGCGCAGUCAUCGGCGUCUCGACACUCUCGUUCUUCAUCGUCGCUGUCUUCAGGUCGUGCAAAGAGGCAACUUGAUGACGGCAGUAGCCCGGAUGUACCUGUGUCACCUCACUAG